CCCGUGCGGGUCCUGCCUGAACACACAUCUCCUGCUUCUACCCCAGGCGGCUCUCAGCGAUGGCCAGGCCGCUCGCAGAAUUAACUAGAAUUCUUCAAAAUGUCAGUCCCCAAAGCCCUGCAGCAGCCUGCUGGUGAAGUGGAAAAUCAAAUGAAUUCAUCAGAUUCAAGGCCUGAUCUCCCACCAGACUAUGAUUCUCAUCUCGUACCAGGACCUCCCAUAGCAGCUGUCCCUCCACCUGCAGGAUACCCAGGAGGCUUGCCUAUGGGGUACUACAGUCCACAGCAGCCCAGUGCCUUCCCCUUGUACCACCCAAUUGGCAGUGUGCAUUCUAUCCAGUAUCAGCCUGGCAAAUAUCCUAUGCAGAACCAGCCUGCUCCAAUAAUGUGGAUGCCUGGGCCAGCUCCUAUGCCAAAUGUCCCUCCUGGUCUGGAAUACUUAGCUCAGCUGGACAACAUACAUGUUCUUCAGCAUUUUGAGCCCAUGGAAGUGAUCACAGGCUUUGAAACUAAUAAUAGAUAUGACAUUAAAAACAACGUAGACCAGAUGGUUUACAUCGUAACUGAGCACACAGAUGACUUCACCAGGAACGCCUAUCGGAAUCUAAGGCCCUUCGUGCUCCGUGUCACCGACUGUCUGGGCCGUGAGAUCAUGACCAUGCAGAGACCAUUCCGGUGCACCUGCUGCUGCUUCUGCUGCCCCUCAGCCAGGCAAGAGGUCUGGGAACAGAAUUCUAAUCCAUACUUCCUUCCUCAUGCAGUCAACCACUGUGAGGGAAAGAAAAGCAGUUGUAGAGCAAGGUCAAGCAGAGUUUCAGGUCAAGCCCUGAAACUUUUGACUGCAGGGCUCUUAUUUAUACAUGGAUAG